CAGUAACCCAUACCCACCCAACUCAAGCUUGCUCACACUUGAUACUCAGCUACAACACAGCGCUUCCCACUCGCAGCUCAAAGAUGGCCAAGAAAGCCGUGGCGCUCCUCCUCUUCCUCGUGCUAGUCGUCGCCGCCGAAGCCCACCAUCCGGAAGCCCACGACGGCGGGCGGCACAAGGACGCCGCCGCCGCCCCGACGCACCUCCACUUCUACUUCCACGACACGGUGAGCGGCAAGUCGCCGACGGCGGUGCGCGUGUUGGACCCACCUUCCUCCUCGUCGCCGAUGACCAUGUUCGGGAUGGUGAACGUGAUGGACGACCCGCUGACGGAGGGGCCCGAGCAGGAGUCCAACCCCGUGGGCCGCGCCCAGGGCCUCUACAUGGGCUCCGACCAGGCCAAGCUCGGCUUCCUCCAGGCCAUGAACCUCGUCUUCACCUCCGGCGACUUCAACGGCAGCACGCUGGCGCUGCUCGGCCGGAACUGCCCGCUCGACGCCGUCCGGGAGCUACCCGUCGUCGGCGGCACCGGCGCCUUCCGCUUCGCCCGGGGGUACGCGCAGCUGCGCACACACUGGCUCGACUUCCGCACCGGCGACGCCACCGUCGAGUAUGACGUCUACGUCAUGCACUAGCACUCAUUCACUCAUGAGUGCGAUAAGAUUGCAAAGAAAGAUAAUAAUGGUGUCACUGAAGGUUUUUCAAUCAUGGUGCUUCAUCGCAGAGUGUUUGUUACUUUUUUAAAUUUUAUUUCAUCAGCCUUCUUCUCUUUUCACAGCUUACAGAUUGCGUGUUUUGUGUCCAUUACAAGGUUCAGAACUCUUGUUUUCACAAAAGAAGCUUCACAUAAAUCUGAAGGGAGAAUACGUUGGCACCACAUACCAUCUAUCUCUACUUUUGUAGCCUCCUCAUUUUGUCUGAGAGUAUUAUGUGUUUAUGUCAGCGCAUUCACAGUACGAAUAUAGUUUCUGAUCACGUGAAAGUGGCACAAA